AUGCAAGAUUCCGAAAUAUAUAAUUAACCACAAUAAGUUCUUUACAGAGAACAAUAACAUUAAUUUAUAGAAAAUGUAAUUCCAAGAGUUUAAAAUAAUAGAAAAAAGGCAAAGCUGGAACCAAUUUAAAAUAUAAAUAAUAGUUUUAUUUACUAAGUGGAACUUAAAAAUAAAGUAGAUUGUAUUAUUUGUUUGCAAUAAAUGCUUGAAAAAUCAAAUAAAGAUCCUAUAGUUUAGUUAAGAUGUCAUACGAGUCAUAUUUUUCAUAAGUUAUGCAUUACAGAAUGGUUGAACUAGAAUAAAAAAUGUCCUAUUUGCAACAAAGAAUUUAAAUGA